CUGGCAAUCGUGCCAGUGACGUCACGCCGCAGUGAGAAUGUGCUCCCGGAGAUGUCCACCUCUGCCGCUGUCGCUGCUACCCGUCUCGGCUUCCUGUCCCUGUACCUGACGCUGUGGGGGCUGGCAUGUGUGCAUCAGGUGGCAGGGUACAACACAGGCUUCACUGCGAAUGUGUCGCGGACCCUGGACAAUCUGCUGGCAGGGGGGCGCUAUGACAAACGGAUCCGCCCCGACAUGGGAGGACCACCCAUUGUAGUAGCGGUAAACAUGCACAUCAAAAGCUUCGGGCCUAUUUCUGAAACCGGGCAGUCUUACACGAUGGAUGUGUACUUUCGUCAGACCUGGCACGACUCGCGACUUCGCUACAGCCUCCAGGGUCUGGAUGAAUUUUCCAUGUCUUGGUUGUUCCUGGACAAGGUCUGGAAGCCGGAUACUUACUUCAUGAACGGGAAGACAUCGCACCUCCACAGAAUCACGUCUCCCAACAAGUUUCUGAGGCUUAGACAGGAUGGAUACAUCGUCUACUCAAUGAGGCUCACCAUCUCUGCUCGCUGUAAAAUGCAUCUCCGCAAGUUUCCCAUGGACACACAGCGCUGCCCCUUACUCAUCGGAAGCUAUGGAUACAGUACUAACGAGAUCGUGUACAAGUGGGAACCCGGCGUGACCGUGGAACCAGGCCUGGAACUAUCACAGUACGAUUUAGCCAACAUUUCGGUCGUUGGUCACCACAAGUUCAUCAGGAAUGUUGGUGAGUUUUCAAUGAUAAAGGCGAACUUCCUGCUUCGAAGGAAUCUAGGUUAUUACGUUCUACAAAUGUAUGUCCCUUGCUGCCUCAUAGUCUGCUGCUCCUUCGUGUCCUUCUGGAUCAACCCUGACGACGUCCCUGGAAGAGUCACCUUAGCGGCGAUGACAGUGCUGUCCAUUACUACGCUUGGGUUCAUCGGCAGAGCAGCUCUUCCCAAGGUGAAUUACGCUACGGCACUCGAUUGGUUCGUUAUCCUCUGUUUCGUCACGGUGUUCGCUGUUUUGGUGGAAUAUGCCAUCAUUAACUUCAUAGAUAAAAUCCGUGUGGAUAUCAAGCGACUCCUGGAGGAACGUAAGAAACAACAAGAGCUCCGCGAGGCCCAAAAGGAAGAAUCAGGGCCUGAGGAUGAGGAGGAAGACGAAGAGGAAGCUAUACUGGGUAAAGAACUGGACAUGGAUGUUGAGGUGACCCCUAUUCCUCUGGCUGUGCCUAAGAUCUUAAUGACGUACGAAAUGGAAGACUUGGAGGACGAAGGCCACAGCUCUGCUGGAGAGACUGAAGAUUUGGACUCCUUAAAAGUGGAACAUCUAGCAGUUCCACUGGCUGAGACGAAGCUGAAGGUGACGCGAAGUUACUCUGUCCCGACCAUGACUAGGGGAGAGUAUCGCUUUGACCACCCCAGACUUGUCCAGGACACAUCUAUAGAUAUCUUGCUAGAUCAGCAUCAGGAACCGCUUGCUGCCAGGGUGACUCUUCGUAGCACGCUGCUGAUUCCUGUCAACAUGCUGAAGCGACUUCACAUCCUGCCCACAGAAGAGGAGGUUGCAGCAUCCACUGAACCCCCGGACAAGUUUUCGGCUAUAGACAUCUACAGCAGGCUUAUUUUCCCUCUAACUUACAUUACGCUGCUUACCUGCUAUUACCUGAUAUACACAUACUACAUGGUGGACGAUAAGGAACGAUACUUAGAUAAAUACAACUGAGUAUCUCA